GGAAUUAUGAGGGACCCUGUGAGUAGCCAGUACAACUCCUUCCUUUUCUGGAGGAUGCCCAUCCCAGAACUGGAUCUGUCGGAGCUGGAAGGCCUGGGCCUGUCAGAUACGUCUACCUACAAGAGCACAGACAGCAACGGUGGCAAAAUGGGCGGUCAAGCAAGCGGAGCAGAGCAGAAGAACCCAGAAGGUGAUCCCCUCCUUGAGUUCAGUACCUUCAACUUCUGGAGAGCUCCCAUUGCCAGCAUCCACUCUAUCGACUUGGACUUGCUCUAAAGCCAAAGCUUCUCUCUCCCACCCCUACCCCACUGCCUUCCCUUUUAAGCCCGGUCCUUUCUAAGCCUUUCCCAUCUAAUACUGUUUUCUUCCCUCUAUUGUGCUGGUGGUGCUGAUGAAUCUGCCAAUUGAAUUGUAUGUUUGUAUGUAUUUAUGUAUUUAUUUCUUAUUUAUUUAUUUAUUUAUUUAUCUGCCUACUCCAUUUCUCUCAAAAGCCUUCUAGGCACAAAGUCAAGGGUUCAGUCACAGGAGUACUAGAUCACGGGAUUUCCACCCCAACCCCAAGGAUAUUAACUAGUUCCAGAAAACCAUCUGUAUUGGGGCACCAGAGAGAAAUACAGUUGUGCAAAAUGGGAAACCGAUUUUUUUUUACAUUACAUUUUAAUCGGCUUCAGAGAUUCCUUGAUCCUCUCUGAUUUCCUGCACAAGGCCAGUAAGCAAAUAUUUCAAGAAGUAGUGAGGACCUGGAGGUUCUGAAAUGCUUCCUACAAAACAGGAUGCCUAAAAGGCUAGGUAGUAAGUUCUGUUUCUUGUUGUGCAGAAACAUGGGUGGUCAUGGGUACGAGAGGAAAUAACACGUCCUGGAGAACGGGAGUGAGGAAAAGCAUGGGAUGCACCUCACAACUCCGCUCCCAGCUGUGGGUUGGGAACUUUGAGAGAACAGAUUUCAGUCUUCAUGGGAAAACCUUGGUGUAGGAUAAUCCAUAAAAGGCAAAAGAUUUAUAUGAUCUAAAGAGAAACCAGAGUAGUAUUAGCAUAAUUUAUAUAAAAUUGUGAUUCAGUCAUGGAACAGGUGGAGUGUUUUGGUUCUUAGCACUUUAGCUUUGCCCUUCUGUAGUUGCAGUAUGUGAUGGGAGCCAGUGGUUCCUGGGCAUAGUUCUUCAGCCACUGGAAGACCGUGAAAUAAGCAAUUAUAUUCAGACCCUACACCUGUCCCUCUUCCUUCCAAAGUUAUUGCUGCUGAUUUGUGCUGCCAUUGUUCAUUUAUUUAAUAAAGAUGUUAAAGCCUAA